AUGACACAAUACAGGCUGCAAGAGCUUGAGGCCGGCCAGCUGGGCCCUCCGGUGGUGUUUCGUGAUCACGAGACGGGAUGUCGUGAGGCCGCACUCGGAGGUGUCGGCUUCGAGGCUCGCGUGAUCUGCAGGAACGUCUGCGGCUCUCGACUUCCUCGCUCAUCGGACGGGGAUGUUCUCAUUCUCGCCGCGAGUGAGUCAAAGCAGCCGGCAGACGGCGACGGGGCGACGAUGGAAGAGCUCCGGUGA